GUACAGCACAUACAUAUAUCAACAUAGUAUAUCAGUAUAUAAACAAAGCGUAAACUUUUUGAAUCAUUUGUUUUGUGUGUUUGCGAGAGAAAGGACUUUUAGUGAUUAGAAGUAGAAAUGUUUGAGGCAAUUGUGAUAUUAUUGUUGGUCGGAGUAAAAAACUCACUUCAAUCAGAACACUGGUCCUAUGAUUAUGAGACAAGAUGGCCAGGCGAGUGCACCGAAGGGAAGUAUCAAUCCCCGAUCAACAUAAUGACUCGCAGCGCCAUCGUUGACAAACACGGCCUUCACAUAAGGGGCCCCCUGUUCUUUCGAGGCUAUGACAGGGUCAACGUGACAGCUGUCAACAACGGACACACCCUAAAAUGGACGAUAGUGGAAGACUUCCCAACGCCCCUGGUGUCAGGAGGACCUCUCAGAGGCAAUUACAGCUUCCUGCAGUUCCAUCUACAUUGGCUGUCUGAACAUGCUAUUGAUGGGAUGAAAUAUCCGAUGGAAAUCCACAUGGUGCAUAUUAAGACUGGUCUGACGGUGGACGAAGCGCUGGAGAGACCUGACGGACUUGCGGUCCUCGCUGUUCUUUGUCAGGUGAGCAGUGAGGGAGCCAGUGAAUUUGCUCUCGGGGAGAUCGCGGCAUUCUUCCCGCAGCUGGUGGACCGCAACUCCAAAUACCCGAACCCUGCUGUCAUCGAUGUAUUUCGCCUCAUGAGCCCGGAGCCGCAGUCGUUCUACACGUACCACGGGUCACUGACAACCCCCAUGUGCCAGGAGGUGGUCACCUGGAUCGUGAUGGACCAGCCACUCAUCAUAUCUGACACUCAGUACAAAGAGAUAAGCAGAGUUGAUGUGGGCAGGAUAGACAAUUACCGGAGCCUGCAACCCGUGAACAGGGAGAUAUACCGUUCAGUUCCAUCAUGUGGAACUCUCUCUUUACCGACUUUACUGUGUUUCCUCACCUCCCUCAUCCACCUCUCUUCAUCUCUUACCGGUAUCAUCAGUAAAGGAGUCUGCACUCUAGUUAAUGUAAAGAGAAAAUUCUUAGGAAGUAAGGUUAGAGAAUGUAAUGUUAAGAAUUAAAAUCAAACAUUAUCUCGGUAGAGUUUGCGUGUUAAUGUAUAUUAAACUGGUCUCAAAUGAAUUUAUUAAGUGAAAUUAAUAAUACUUUUAACAUUGACACACUUUUACACAAAUUAUCUUGCCCCAAACUAGGCAUAGCCUGUCCUAUGGGUACAAGACAUCUAUAAUAUAUUUAAUACACAAUACUUACUUAAACAUACAUAAAUACAUAUAAACAUCCAUGACUCGGAGACAAACAUCAAUACUCAUCAUAUAAAUGAUUUCACCUACCAGGAUUCGAAACCCGGGACCUCUAACUUAGUAGUCAGGGUCACUAACCAUAGUGUAUAUAAUUCGUUAAAAAAAUAUGUAGGAAUGAGUUUUAUAUCAAUACUAUUCACCUAUUAUCUUAUUCUAUUAAUUACUCCUUUCAAACCAACAAUGGAAACCUAUCGCAAUAAAACGAUAAAACAGUAUCAUUAUUGAAAACGUUGCGUAACUUAAUAUUUAUUUCUGUAAUUGCUAAAAAUAGACAUUAUCUUCAGAUUAUCGGUAUUAUAAGCGAUUCUUUCAUUUUAAUAUUGGUGCACGUAUUUCGCUAGACGACAGAUAUUAUUAAAACACAGAUAAUAAAUACAUAAGUAUGUAUUUAUUUAUUUAUACGUAAAAGUAUUUUGAAGUAAAUUAUUCUUGAGAUCGCAUAGAUGAGAAACAGGGUCAACAACAAAUUACAAAAUCCUACAGACUUAAAGUAAUCCAAAAAAACUUAAGGCUGUAUGCUUAACGUACUUAAGCCUAUUUUUUCAGCGUUGUUUUUUUUUAAUAAAUGGCUCCGUCGACUGGAUGUCGACGAUUCAGCCAACGUCAGGGAUAUAUUUUUUAUUUUUAUUUAGCUGAUUCAAGUACAGAAAGAACUAAUUAAAAGAAAUUAUCGGUUAAUAUUGUUGUGGUUUCCUUUUGUGAACUGAGGAAUUGAAUGUGUGUUCAUUUGUGAUAGAUUUAAAGAUGUUGACGUAUUUCAAUCAGCUUUCAUAAUUUAUGUGGGGGGUAGAGGACUAGAGGUAAGGAGAAUCAUCAUAAGAAAAAGUUCAAAAUGCAUUAAAUUUGGGUGGCGCAACAGUUGCAUCAGGGCAAAUCUUAAAAGAAACGCCAAAUUUAAAAUAAUACUUAUCACACAGAGCACAAACCCCUAUCAUAAUUCUCUAAGGUUAUAAUAUUUACUAUAUUAUUUCGUACAACGUAAGUUGUUGAAUUUUUCAAUAUUCUACAUUAUGUCGACAUUUAUAUAACUCGGCAUACUUCAGUUCGUUUAUUGCCACAUUCACCAUACUUCAAACUAUACCCUGUAUACACUAGCGCCAUUGUGGAAGCUUUUUGAACUAUUAUUUACAACAUAAGCUGGGCACUUUUUCAACUUCUCUCCCUUAUAAGAUGAUUCUCCUUGCCUCUACCCUCCAUAAUAAUUUAUGAGCUUCAUUCAAUGUUUCUUCGGCUAUAAAAGAAUAGGAAAAAGUUUAGUAGACAUAAACAGAUAGAUCAUUGCACUCUGUCUGACGUAGUUAUAACAGAUAAGAUAUUACAAUGUUUUAUGAAACCGACGAUAAAUAAUUUGAUAUUUAAAUGAUAUUUUAUUGUUAUAUUGCAUAAUGAAUCACUAAAAUAUAAAAUUGUUAUUAUAUAAUUUAUGAAUUGGAUUACUAGUUAGAAUGACGUGUGUCAUUUAUGAUUAAUAUAAGCAUGUUUAAGCAUGGCUUAACUACUAAUAACUUAAAUACCAGGUAAAACAAAAUUGAACAGAUUCUGCAGUAUCUUUUUAAUUUGUCAUAUUAAUAAAGCAAUAAUUAUUCAGUUCAUUUCAACGAAUCUAACUUUUAAUGUAAAUAUUGCUUAGUUAAUGUAGAAAAAUUUUUCAAAGGUUUCUAAUCGAUUUUUUUUUUAUUUGAGCGUGUUUCAGCACAUGUAAUAUUUAGAAAUGAAGAAGUUGAAUAAUAAUGUCAAAGAAACAGACUCAUCAGCAAACCAGAUUAGGUUAACUUGCCUGCGAUGGUUAUGCAGCCUAGCAAAACUCUCUAAGAAAAAAAGCGAUCAACUCGAUUACAUGAAACGUGCAGUCAAUGACAGAUUGACAGGUGACGGCUAUAAUCUUGUAAAAAAAAGUGAUAGCCGAAAUCCAUUACGUUUUACGCAACUGGUUGCUUUCAAACUGAGCCGGAUUAUACUUCGUCGCCAAUCACCAUACUGUAAUUAUGUACUACUAUUUCAAACUUAUGUCAAAUCACUGGACGUUUCAUACUAAACUAAAUUUCAAUUUUUACUUAGGCAGUCCCGCCUAUUAUCACGUAGUAUUUACAUCCUCUUUGUGAUGAUGUAAAUAGAAAUUAUUGGUUUGUUGACUUACAGGUCUUAGUUACCAGGUCAUAAAAUCCCAAGAAAAAAGAAUUGGUUUGCUUUGAACUCAAUAAUGUAUUUAAUAUGUUUAUAUGUCAAUGUUAAAAUAAAAUAUAAAUCUUUUUAUUAUUAUACCUCUUAUAAAAUAUUGUUAAAAUAUUUAUACAUAUUGAUUUAAUAUAUAAUAUUAUUAAAAGCAAUAUACUUACAUAUACGGCCUCUUUAGGAUCGUGGUGAGACUCUUUAAUAUAAUAAUUGUCAAAUAUUCAAAUUUAAAUCAUAUUUUUCGCAAUGGAAUGUAUUUUGUGAAUUGUUGUGAAUAUUCGAAACUCAACAACUGAUUUUAUAUAUAUUGCAAUGUUUGACCUCAUGCCGCCCAUAAAUGGGAGGAGUAUGACAAACACGGUAUGAAAUGGAGUCCUUUUAUUUUUUUGAAUUGAAAACUUCUUUAGCGGUAUUGAGCACUUUUCUUAUGAUGGGUAUAAAAUGUAAAACUCAGGUCAGGACACGUGACCUGAUCGAAAAUUCGUAAGACAGUCGUUGAAAUUAUGGAUAAAUUAUAGAUAGAUAGAUUUUUCUGAGAGAUAAGUAUUUUAUUGUAAAAUAAUUGUAAUAGUUCUGAAGUGUUUAUUUUUUAUGUAACAUAAAUUGUCAUUUUUGUGUUAUGAUAGCGCAAUAAAUGAAUAUUGUAUGUAACCAGACAAAUGUAACGUAUGUACUUUUAUAAUGAUAAAUAAUGCAAUUCGUGCCAAAUUAUUCCCUAACCAUUCCAAAAUAUUCAAAAAUGCACAACGUUAAUGUUCAAGUUUUCACUUCUGCCGGCACUCCCGGAGUGCAGCCCGUUAUUUUUUAUUAAUAAUGUUCAUCGUUUGGUCGUGAAAGUUAUUCGCAUCAGGGCAUUAAUGUUGGUACAUGUUCCAUUUUCAUUAUUUGUUAAUUUAAGAUAAGACAUAAAGGGCGGGCCCUUAGAUAAUUUCUACGUCUAGAUAAAGCCUCUUGAUGUUAGGCAAUGCAUGAUACACUCACGAUUUGUAUGUCACUUUGUUUUAGUGGGCGUGCGUAGCUGAAAAUAGAGGUCAACAGUUCACCUCUAUUUUUUUCGACGCACAAUUUAUCUAAGGGUUAGCCACACGCUUCAACGUCAUGUCAUUAGCUGUAUAGUAUUCAGUAUUAUUUAUUUUCCUUAUAGUAAUUUUAAAUUAAAGUUGUUUGAGGCAUUUAAUUUAGCUUAAGUUAUAAUGGCUGUGACUUGUGAGGUAACUUGUCGUAUUUAUGCAUUUUUCUGUUAAUUAGCGCGCCAUAUUGAUAUUAUGUUAUUAAAUUAAUUUGAUAUUGUGUUAUUUUGGUUGUGUUUAUGUGUUCUCUUACCAGGUUAUUUUAUUGUGUAAUAUAUAAUAAAAUAAUAAUAAUAAUAGU